AUAAAAUUUCAUUCUUCCUCCCACCUUUCUCUCUCUAAAACACUCCCCUUUCUCUCUCUAAAGUCUCACUCUAUCUGAGAAAAUUCGUAAUCUCAUCUCCUUCGCCAACAAUUAUUCGUGAAUUUCAAAUCUGCUGCUUUUCCUCCAAUGCUGUGAAUUUGAUUGUAAUCGACAAGGGUUCUUUGCUUAGCUGAUAAUGGGGCCACCAAGAAAGUCUAGAAGUGUGAAUAAGCGCUAUUCUUCAAUCCCGGAAUUAUCUCCUAGCAAAGAUGGAGAUGGUGCUAAAAGAAGCAAUAACAAGAAAAGAAAGUUGUCUGACAAACUUGGGCCUCGUUGGACCAUGGAAGAGCUAACUCGUUUUUACGACACUUACCGCAAGAAUGGUAAAGAUUGGAAAAAGAUUGCAACCGCUGUGAAAAAUCGAACUAUGGAUAUGGUGGAGGCCCUUUACACAAUGAACAGGGCGUAUUUAUCUCUUCCACACGGAAGUGCUUCUGUGGCUGGUUUGAUUGCUAUGAUGACUGAUCACUACAGCAAUCUGGCACGAAGUGACAGUGAUCAAGAAAGCAAUGAUGGAGCAGGAUCAUCGAGAAAGCCUCAAAAGCGGGCCCGAGGAAAAGUACAGCCUACUACCCCUAAGGCAUCAGAGGAGCAAUUCAUUUCAGAAUCACCUUCCAUCAUGUCAAAUUACGGGUGUCUCUCUUUGUUAAAAAAGAAACGAUCUGGCGGAAGUCGACCUCGUCCUGUUGGAAAAAGGACACCGAGGUUCCCUGUUUCAUAUUCGUAUGAAAAAGACAAUAGAGAAAAUUACUUUUCUCCAAACAGGCAAGGCCUGAAACUCAAGGCUAAUGCCGAUGAUGAUGAAGUUGCUCAUGAAAUAGCCAUAGCUUUGGCAGAGGCAUCACAAAGAGGCGGUUCUCCGCAGGUUUCUGGAACCCCAAAUAGAAGAGCUGAGAGUGUCAUGUCAUCACCUUUUAGGCACGGUCAACGAAAGCAUUCUGUACCAGAAAUGCUGAACACAGACGAAGAAGACUUGGAAGGAAGCACAGAAGCUGACCCUUAUGCGAUGGAAUCUGUUAGCACUUGUACAACAAGACAGAAAGGUAAAAAAAUCGAAGGGAGAAAAACCGAAGUUGAUAACUUGGAUGACAUUAAGGAAGAAUGUAGCGGAACAGAAGAGGAUCAAAUGUUGGGUUCAGUUAGAGGCAAGUUUAAUGACACCAAGAGAAAGAAGAGCAAAAAGGUUCUUUUUGGAAGAGAUGAAGGUUCAGAAUUUGAUGCCCUGCAAACUCUGGCUGAUUUGUCAUUGAUGAUGCCAACAGAAAAUGAAAACGAGUCGAGGGUGCAGUUUAAAGAUGAACCAGAUGACCAAAUUGAUGAAUCUGUGCCUUUAGAAUCUCUCCCACCAAACCCUCCAAGAGAAAAACGUAGAUCAUUUGGAGUGAGAAUGAAAGGGCAUCUACUUUCUAGUUCCGAAGUUGCUUCCACCAAACAAUCAAAAACCGGAAAAGGUUCGAUUUUGGAUAUUGGUUCUGUACCUGAACAAAGCAAGGAUUCCCAUCAGCCUGUCACUAAAGUAACGAGAAAAAAACAAAAGAUUCAAGUAUCUAAGAUUCAAAAAUCUGAAGCUCAUCCCGACAUUAAUCUAAGUGAAUCUCCGGGGAUUGAGGCUGGAGAUACAGGGAAGAAGCCAAUGACUAAGAAUAAGAAGUCAUCCCAUACCAGUUCACCUAAAUUGAUUAAACUUUCGGAAAAUUCUUCAAGUGCCGAUCUGAAAAAGGAAGGGAGUGACUCAGCCCAAUCAGCCGUACAGGUUCCUGUAUCCAACCAGGUUAAUUUACCUACUAAAGUACGAAGUAGGCGUAAGAUGCACCUAAAAACCCCAGUUGCUCGAAAAGAUUUGAAAUUUCCCGACAAAAUCUCAAACGACGAGAGCAAUCUGCCUCUCGGUUCUCUCAACGACGCAGCAUUGAAAUUCAAGGAAAAACUAUCCAAUUGUUUGUUGAGUCAGCGUCUAAGAAGAUGGUGCAUUUACGAAUGGUUCUACAGUGCAAUUGAUUAUCCAUGGUUCGCCAAAAGGGAGUUUGUCGAAUAUCUGAAUCAUGUUGGAUUGGGCCAUGUGCCGAGAUUAACUCGUGUGGAGUGGGGUGUUAUUAGAAGUUCUCUUGGUAAACCACGGAGAUUUUCGGAGCAGUUCUUGAAGGAAGAAAAGGAGAAGCUUAAUCAGUAUCGAGAUUCUGUUAGAAAGCAUUACACAGAGCUUCGUGAAGGUGUUAGGGAAGGACUACCAACUGACCUAGCAAGGCCUUUAUCUGUGGGCCAGCGUGUAAUUGCCAUUCAUCCAAAAACGAGAGAGAUUCAUGAUGGAAGUGUGCUAACCGUUGAUCACUCUAAGUGUCGGGUUCAAUUUGACCGGCCUGAGCUAGGUGUUGAAUUUGUCAUGGACAUUGACUGCAUGCCAUUAAAUCCGUUUGAGAAUGUGCCUGCAUUACUCGGGAGACGUACAGUUGGAGUUGAUAAGUUUUACGAGACUUUCAACGAACUAAAUAUAAACGAGCAAGCAAAAGAAUUCAUGAAACUCUCGCCAGGUGGCAAUCUUGAUAGCACCGAUGGUCUUUAUCAGCUGUCUUCUUUAGGGGGUCCCGCCACUCUGUUGAACCAGAAAAAGGUUGCUUCAGCAAAUGCUAAUGCUCGAGCAAGGAUUGGAGCGGCUGAUACUGCUAAUUACAUGCAGGCAUCGUAUUCUCAGCCUAGUACACUGGCUCAGGUUCAGGCGAAGGAAGCUGAUAUUCAAGCUCUUGCUGAGUUGACUCGUGCUCUUGAUAAAAAGGAAGCUGUUGUUCUUGAGUUGAGGCGAAUGAACGAUGAUGUGUUGGAGAAUCAAAAAGACGGUGACUGCCCUUUGAAGGAAUCGGAGCCAUUUAAAAAACGAUACGCUGCAGUUCUCAUACAAUUGAAUGAAGCCAACGAACAGGUUUCUUCAGCUCUUCAUUGUUUGAGAGAACGGAACACAUAUCAAGGAAAAUACCCACUCACAUUGCAUAGGCCGUUGACCAGUCUUGCUGAUCCUUCCGGAACUUUGACUUCUUUCAACCGUUCUUCCGCAUGUCAAAAUCAACAAACGGGAUCCAAUUUGAACGAAAUCAUGGAUUGCUCAAGAACAAAAGCCCAAACAAUGGUGGAUGCAGCUAUACAGGCGAUAUCAUCACUCAAGAAUCGGGAGGGAAAUAUCGAGAAAAUUGAAGAAGCUAUAGAUUAUGUAAACGACCAACUUCUUUCGGAUGAUUCCUCCACUCUUGUCACACCUAAAUUAUCAACUAACGCAAACGACAUUGACGCACAAAUUCCUUCGGAGCUGAUCACAAAAUGCAUAUCGACUUUGCUUAUGAUUCAGAAGUGUACAGAAAGGCAGUUCCCACCAUCUGACGUGGCACAAAUACUCGAUUCUGCAGUGACGAGUUUACAGCCACGAAGUUCACAAAACAUGCCGGUUUAUGCGGAAAUACAAAAGUGUGUGGGCAUAAUCAAGAACCAGAUAUUGGCACUGAUACCUACUUAAACAAGUCUCUCUCUGUAAGGAUUUCUUUUAGGUUUAUAUCUAUAUAUAUAUUUAUGUUGACUUUUCUGUGUCUGAGAUGUAGAUAAUUAAAGUUGCUCUGUUUAGUUCAGCUCUCAUAUAUAUAUAUAUAUAUAUAUAUAUAUAUAUACAUAUAUAUAUAUGUAUGUAUUAGAUUCUUUUUAACUUGAGCAGAUAGUUUUUUCUUUCAACUCUGUAAUAUUUGUUUUAAACUGUAAUUUUUAUUGAAUGCUUAACAGAUUGUAUAUUGAUUUGUGAGAGAGAUGAAAUAAGUUAAUGAUAAGUGCUUUUAGCAAUUAGAAAGAUAUAUGGUUUUUUUUUUAA